UCAAGGCCACGAGUCGAGCGGCGCCGCAACCCGGGUGAUCGGCGGCAGUGUCACCCAGGACUUAGGCGAAGGCAGACCGGUUUCGUUUUCUGUUUCAAUUUUCACUCGCUUUUCUGAAAAUGGCAAUUAGAAAUCCAGAUAUUAAGUAUACUAAGCUGUUCAUCAACAAUGAGUUUGUGGAUGCAAAGAAUGGCAAGACUUUUCCUGUCAUCAACCCUUCCACAGAGGAAACCAUCUGCCAGAUAGCAGAGGGUGAGGAGGCAGAUGUUGAUUUAGCCGUGAAAGCAGCCCGAGCAGCAUUUAAGAGGACUGCCCCCUGGAGAACAAUGGAUGCCUCCCAGCGUGGCAUCAUCAUGCACAAGUUGUGUGACCUGCUAGAGCGCGACAUGAAUUACUUGGCCAGCCUUGACACUCUGGACAAUGGCAAACCAUUCACUGAGGCCAUGUGUGACCUUGAAUACAGUGUGAAGACCAUCCGUUACUAUGCUGGGUGGUGUGACAAGAUCCAUGGAGACACUGUUCCUUGUGAUGGUGAGUUCCUGUGCAUGACAAGGAAGGAGCCAGUGGGUGUUGUGGGUCAGAUUAUCCCAUGGAACUACCCUGUGAUGAUGAUUGCUUGGAAGUGGGGGCCUGCUCUUGCUGCCGGUUGCACCAUUGUUCUCAAACCAGCUGAGCUGACACCGAUCAGCUCCCUCUAUCUUGGGGCUCUGGUCAAGGAGGCUGGAUUCCCACCUGGUGUCAUCAACAUUGUUCCUGGCUUUGGAGCCUCAGCAGGACAUGCAGUUGCUCAUCAUCCUGAUAUUGAUAAAGUGGCUUUUACUGGCUCCACUUUGAUUGGCCGACGCAUCCUAGAAGCUGCAGGUCAGUCAAACCUGAAGCGUGUCACCAUGGAGCUGGGAGGAAAGAGUCCUGUUGUUGUGUGUGAAGACUGUGGAGAUUUGGAUGAAGCAGCAGAUUUGUGCCACACUGCGAUGUUUGGCAAUCACGGCCAAAAUUGCUGUGCUGGUUCAAGAACAUUUGUGCAUGAAUCCAUCUAUGAUGAAUUUGUGAAGAGAGCAGUGAAACUGGCCCAGAAGCGUCCUGUGGGAGACCCCUUUAAUGAAGAUACCCUUCAGGGACCACAAGUGAGCCAACAGCAAAUGGAGCGCAUUCUUGGAUACAUAGAGCAGGGCAAAGCAGAAGGAGCCAAGCUGGAGUGUGGAGGUGCUCGCCUGGGGAACAAAGGCUACUUUGUUCAGCCAACAGUGUUUUCUAAUGUCAGAGACAACAUGACCAUUGCAAGGGAGGAGAUCUUUGGACCAGUGCAAGUCAUUCUGAAGUUUAAGACCUUAGAUGAAGCCAUAGAGCGCUCCAACGACACAAAUUAUGGCUUGGCCUCUGGAAUCGUGACUCGUGAUAUCAACAAAGCCCUGACUUACGCUCAGAGUGUAAGAGCUGGUUCUGUUUGGGUGAACUGUUACGAUUUGUGUCUGCCACAGACACCUUUUGGAGGCUACAAGCAGUCAGGUCAUGGCAGAGAACUAGGUGAAGAUGGCCUGGCAGAAUACUUGGAGAUUAAGACAAUCUUAAUCAAGGUACCAACAAAGGUGUCAUAGACACUCUAGUACGUAAAACUGCAUGCUCUUGUAUUUUCUUUCAUUGUUUAUGUUGGUGCGUUCUCUCACUCAAUCAGUAGUCUCACUUUUGAUUUUCAUAAUUAGAAUUAACAUUUACUUUCAAAGAAUUUUAUGAACUUUUGUCUUUCAUUGUAAGUAGUUGUUUGAUGUGAUUGGUUUUCAGGUUAUUCAAAGUUUUCAUCAUCUGAUUUCUUUGAAGGUAAUGUGUAAUCAGCAGUUAUCCUUCAUUUAUUUUGUUACCCAUAUCUGUUUUGUUUUUUUCUCCUUUUUUUUGUGUUUUGUGUUUAUUUUAUAUUGAUGUACAUGAAGUUUUUUUUUCUAUAAAAAGAUGAAACAUGUGUCAAAACAUUUUUUCUUUUUGCAUGUUUUAGGUUUCCUCCAAGCUCUAGGGUCAUUAGUCCUGAGUAACACCCAAAUCACCGCAUAUAAAACCAUACCAUCACAAGAACACUGCUGGAGAUCAUCUUGCUCAACUAUCACAGAUUUAUUUUUUUAUUUUUUUUUUUUAACACUGGUUAGUGCUUUAUUCUAGAUGUUAUAGUAGUGAAAGUCCAAAGUAUGAGCGUCUUUUUACGAUGCCCAUCUUUGUAUGAGAUAUGUGGAAAGAAAAUAUUAUUUUGUUUAUGAAAGUUUAUUGUAUUGUAAAGAAAGUAUAAUAUCUUAAAGAUUUUCUUGGAUUUUGUGGUACCGAUUUCUGCCAGCAUUAAAAGUGCUAAAAAAAUACAAGACUUCUGAAAGCUACAAGUAAAAAAUAUUUUUUUGUAGAGAUAUAUUUUUUUUCAAAAUAAUUUCUUUCAACUUCACCUUGAAGCUUUUGCUGUAACUCUCGGUAAACUAGCUGUAGAAAUUGCAAUUUUUAUGGUAAGUCUGGGUGAAAAUAUUAUUUUGCUGACAUGAACUUUUGCCUGUUGUGUUUAAUUCAUCCAUAGUACAAUAAAUGUGAGUAAUUCCAA